AUUUCCUUGGCUUGGGGCGGAAGAAGCGGAAGUCAGUGAUACGCCACUGCUUCCGUCACCGUUUCUGUCUCCUCUGCCUCCCUCCCCUUUAUAUACACCCCAGAACGCCUUCUCGUCCUCCAUUGAUCGUUUCCGAUCGAAAUUUUUGAUAAUUAAAUCAGAUGGGAAGUUGGUUCUCUUCGCUGGAAACUCGGCAGAGAAGAAGGGAGAAGAAGAAGAAGACGCACACCUCCGCCGCCGCCGCCGACGUGAUUUUGACUAACGGAGAACUCCGACGGUUCUCUGUUCCGGUGAGAGUUUCUCAAGUGCUAUUCUCCGGCACGGAGGGGGCGCCGGCAUUCUUCGUCUGCAACUCCGACCGCCUCUGCUUCGACGAACAUAUACCCGCUAUGGCUGCGGAUGAUGAGCUGGAGGCUGGUCAGAUCUAUUUCAUUCUCCCCGUGAAUAAGCUUUUGCAUCGUCUGGCCGGAUCAGAUAUGGCUGCUCUCGCAGUCAAGGCCAGCGCCGCGCUUCGGAACAACCAAAAUCGCCACCGGGACAGUAAAAGGAUGUCUGGUACGAGGAAUAUUUGUAGGAUAUCCCCUGUUAUUGGUAGUGGUAUUGAGGCAUCGUUAUCGUCGUCUUUAUCGUCAUCGUCGUCAUCCGGACUAGGUGUUGACAUGAGGAAAAAGGCGGUGAUGAGGAUGCAAAGAUACUCUUCUCGGCGGGCUAAGAUUGCGGUGCGCUCGUUCCGACUCAAGCUCAUGACCAUUCAAGAAGACGGCUGAUACAUGUCAUAAUCAGCCGUCUUCUUUGAAUAACAUCUGAUUUCUAGACGACAAUCUUAUAAGAAAUCAGGCCUAUGGCAAUAUCGAUGACUCGUCCCUCAUAAAACGUCACCGUUCUUCAUCAAUAUGAGACACAAAUAAAUGUUUGUAUGAUCCCGAAAGUGUUCUUGUUCUGUUGUGGAGCCGUGGAGGUUCCAUGCUUCCUGAGAGCACAAAUGUUCAAAGAUUUGUUUCAGGGGCCUUUCCAUCCACUUCUUGCCCAUAGCAAAUAAAACCAGUUCUAUGGCCCGGAUGAAUGUCUUUAUUACUCAAAUCAAAACUUCUAUAUUAUCAAUAUCUUUUACUCAAACUAUGAGGAUUUAUGUUAUAUACCUUAGAAUUGAGUAAUUUUCCAUCAUUUGCAGUAGAGCCAAAAAUUCAUUAUUUUUUGGCUUGAGAAUAUGAUGAAAUAAAGCAAAAUGGUUCACCAAA